AUGAGCAAGGUGUUUACCACGGAGGCUUGUCCCCCCGCUGGCCCUUACUCUCAAGCCAUCAAAGCCAAUGGCCAGGUCUUCGUCUCCGGCCAAAUUCCUUUCGAUAGCAGCGCCAAGCAUGUUGGCGGCACCAUCGCCGAGCAGACUGAGCAGUGCUGCAAGAACGUCGCUGCCGUUCUGGCCGCUGCGGGAUCAUCACUCGACAAGGUCGUCAAGGUUAAUGUCUUCCUCGUCGACAUGGGCGAUUUCAAAGAGAUGAAUGGUGUGUUUGAGAAGUACUUCGCGCACAAACCUGCUCGCAGCUGUGUCGCUGUGCGCGAGCUCCCAGCGAAAGUCCCUGUGGAGAUCGAGUGCAUUGCACUGGCAUAA